AUGGUCUCUACCGUCAUCACCUUCCGGAAAGCUGAGGUUCAGCCUCCAGUGUUUGUUGCUGGAAGUUUCACGAAAUGGAAUCCUCUCGAGAUGAAAGUCAAUCAGAGUGAAACCCCUGCUUCCGAGAAUGAAUUUUCAUAUGAAGCGGAUCUACAACCUGGCGAUUAUCAAUACAAGUUUCGCCUAGGUCCUGGUGACUGGUGGGUUCUGGAUGAAUCUUCACCAUCUGCUGAUGAUGGCUGCGGAAACAUCAAUAACGUCCUGACAGUCCAACCAGUGGAUUCGCGAGCUUCAGAGCCAGAGACAAGGAAAGGCGUCGUACCACAACUCUCCGCUGAUACGGAAAAGGCUACGAUAUCUGAUUCCUCAUUAAAUGCGGAGAGUAGCAAGUCAGUGCCGGUUGUGAGUGAAGACAAGGGCCCAACGAGUGUACCGGCAAAUAUUGGUCAAAAGCUUGUAAAGGAACAAGGUCCCAAGAAGGAUGUCGCUGAGGAUAAGUCUGAGAAGGUAAAUUCCCAGUUUGAUGGACACAAGGAUGAUCCCCUACCUGAUAUUGCACCACCACCAUAUUCGGUCGCGACGGAAAAUGGUGCUGUUGGACUAACCCCUUCUCCGUUGAAAUCAGAACCUGCCACUGUGGAGGGUACUGAUGGCAGGAACAAUGCUCGAAGUGGUGACAUCAAAAGCUCUCCUGAAAGCAAACAAAGCAAUCAAUCUCGGUCCGAUAGCUUUCGCGGUCGAAAUGUGGCACUGGUCAUUGCAGUUCUCGUUAUUCCAGUGGCUGUUUCAUAUCUUUGGUAUCGUUAG